CUGCAAGUUGGCAACACUGUCGUACAAUAUGGCGUGGAUCAGAGCGAAACUAUAGCGAAACCGCAAAAGUUAUCACAUGUAGAUCGGAUUCGGGAAUAAUGGUUCUCCUUCCUGGCACGGUGGAAAAUCAAGCACACGUCAACUACUCAGCACUGCGUCCUGUUAGUAGGAAAAAAUCCGGGUAACGGUGUCGCUUCGUAACGCCAUCCCGUUGCUAAAAGGGAGAAUGCCGUCCGUUGACGUCCGCCAUAUUUACGCUCCCGUUGUAAGCUAACGGGUAUGAUAUGUAAUCUUGUGAACCUGUCAGUAGCGGAUUUGAUUGCUGUGAUUGACGCCACGAUCUUCGAACAUGGGCGGCUGUUGUGCUCUAAACUGCUGCAGUCACAACCAGAAAGGUAUACGGCUGUUCAAGUUUCCCCAAGACCGAGAACGAAGAUCCAAAUGGGUAAAGAACAUGAACAGACCCGAUUGGAGACCAAGACCUCGUUCGGAGUUGUGCGAGAGACACUUCGAGCCCUCCCAGUUUGAAGACAAACGUCAGGAUGGUUGGAGGAAGCUAAAAUCAACUGCGGUACCAACACUGUUUUCACACAAUGUCGGAGAACAGCUGGAACGUCCUAUAAAAAGUGAAAAGAAGUCGGAAUCACAAAACCUUGCUGCCGAUGCUGUGGGACCCAAGGGACCGUGGAUCACAAUCCCAACACAGUGACAACGAAGGUUAUAAGAUGUACGAGCGUGGCAUAACCAGCAGCACACUUCUCUGGCAAUCGAGGGGCGUGGGUUCUGCACGCACUUGUUGUCUGGUUUCCUUGAAGACUGCCAUAUUUCAUCCAUUAAAAAACGUCCUAAUACCAGCUUACAAAGCAGAGCAAAUGCUCAUAGGACAGAGUGAGAAACCGAUACUUCACAACGAUUUGUAAUAGAAGUGACGGCAAUAGAUGUCGCCAAAGAGAUUCAUUGCCAAGUAAGUUUCUUUAAGAAGAAAUGCGAUAAUCAUAAGUCGUUGCCACCAUGUUGGUCCUAUGUAGCCUAUGCGUGAACUAUAAGCUAUUGAUGUUGUACUUUUUGCAGAACUUCUGCAUUAUCAGUCGACUGAACUAUAAAAUUAUGCACUGUUAGACUUACUUUUUCGUAUGGAGAAUCGGCUAUCUACAGUAGCUGACAUAUCGGGUAGUGUGGAAUUGCGGUCUGUGUUUCCAUGCUCUCCCGAUUCUUCGAGGGUGUUAUGAUCGGAGUCUACGUUGAACUCGUUUAUAUCGUUUGGUAUGGUCGUCUCCGCUUCGCCUUCAGCUUCUUUCUUCCUUGGUUUCCUGUCAUAGUGGGUUACGUUAUUCAUUUAGUCUAAGCAAUGCAAUCAAUCCCUCAGUUCACUUACUUUCCAAAUUUUAGUCCCAUAUCACGGAUCUUUGUCUCGACGGCACUUUCCAGUCUCGUCUUAUCUAUGGUAUACUCCAUGAUGAAUGCUUCAAGCACAAAUGCUGUGAAGAUGCUGAGAUGGAACGUUGCACAUAAGCAUCAAAAUGAUUUACUGUAGAUAUGUGAAAUCUCUAGUUUGUAGUAGUAUAAACUGCAGAGUUGUAUUGCAGGACAGACUCACUUCAGGACAAUAACCACACAAGAGAGGUGGAACAUCAAAAAGUAGAACCUAGCUGCUUUGCUGGUGACAUGGACAAAGCCCUCUGUCAAAAGUGAGAUACUGUUAAGAAGAAAAGCUUCUUGAACAAACAGCAUACUUGAUACAAUCUCUCUCUCCCUCCCCUUUCUUCAGUAAUGGUUGAGCUACUUGAAUCAACGCUCCAACAGAAAGUUUCUGCGACACUGAUAUGGGUGUGCUGCCUUAUUAAAGCGAUAGCUUUAUAUGACCUGCUAAUGUCGAGAGCUGUGUAGGUCUGUCUGUAACAGUUGUGGAGGGAGGAGGAGGAGGAGAAAGUUGCAGUGGUGGUGGUUGGGGGGAGAGGGGGCACCAAAAGGACUGUGGGCUCUCCCACAGAUGCCUUUGAAUGCAGUCAAAUUUUAGUUCCUCACACUUUGUUUUACUGCUGUUUGAAGUUCAACCAUGAUUCCUGAAUGAGAGGGGGAGCGGGAGGAGAGCACCACAACAAAGAAUGGCAGAGUGGUGUUCUAUGCCCCCAAUGCUUCCAACAACAUGUAACUACAUGUAACAACGAAAAAUGGUGCAAAAGGAUAUUGUGCCACUGAUUGACAACCAUAAGCUCAAAAAGUACAACGAAAGAGCUGAAUAUGUUGUUGAAAUUGUUCUUGCAGUAUCCUGCUGCGUAGAAUGCGGAGUACUUGAGUUUUGGGUUUCCACAGUAAGGGACAGUCGCGUUAAAUCCUCCGUAGAACGUGAUCUUCUGUCGAAACAGCUCCAUGCCGAUGACUGCAUAGACGUAGUACACAGCCUGAAAUUCACCACAUGCUAUGUUACACCAUACACACACAAAAAAAACUGUACCGCGUUGGAUAAGUGAAGUAACGGUUGAGGGACUCACAAAAAGUACCCCGCCGAACGUUAGGAUGGAGGGUCCGAGAUUGGUGAUGGUGUUUAUUAUUCCUCGGAAUCUGCAACGGAUGAUUCGAGGAAUGACUGACAUGUACUGAAUGUCAAACGAGUUCACACCCUACUUCUUGAAGUUGCGAAUUAAUUUCACAAGUCGGAGAACUCUGAGCACAAGCAGGACGUCUAAAGUUGCUCUCUUGUUGAUUGCUGAAAGAAGAGACAAAGGUGGUUGUAGUGAAGCAGCACUUUAGUUGAGUCCACCUUAGUAAAUACAUAUUUCUUUUCUUUUCUUUUUUUUUGUACAUUUAUGAAUUCCCCUUGAACUGAACUUGCCUGAAAAUUAAAAUUAUGUAACCAACCCGAAGAGUUACCUUAUUGCCGGAAAAGCGUGCCCACCCAGACCUGUAUGGUACUUACUUCGAAUCUUUAAAUACUCAAUUCGAGGGGGGGCAAUUUUUCUAGCGUAGUCAAUUAUACGUACUGGUAUUUAAGAAAGCUUAAUUUUUUCCCCCACUGGGCUGUUAUAGGAGUAUCGCCAAUCGUACAGUUUCAGGCAAGUCGUCUCUCAGAUAACAGUGAUUCAGUUUUCACUCUUCUAAAAGCAGGGAAGCUUUUACUCCAUCCUGCCCUAUUCCUUUACUAAGAACUACUUAAAAUAAAGGUUUCAGUGAACACCGUGGCUACAUUUUAGCGAGGCAAAAAUGACUGCAGACUUACAUACCUGAAUCUCCAAUUAUCUCCUCAUAGAUCGCUCCGAUCAGCGCAGAGCCAAUGACUAUGACAUCAAAUCUGACAGUGAUUUAACCGGUGACCCAUUAGUCGUGAGUAAAAAGCCAGAAAAAUGUGGACUUACACAUUCCAUGCUUGCUUUAUAAAUCUGACGAAUCCGAAGGUGUAAAUCUUGAGCAGGAUUUCAAGCGUGAAGACUGUGAGGAAAAACCACUCUGCUUCGUGAAUAUCCAGGCCAAUCACUAUAGCGUUCACCAGGAUGAGCAGGUCAAACAGGUAGCGAAAGAAUCUGCGAAAAUCAUUUCAAAAUUACUUUACGGAGGUGUUAAUAUGAGAUGUCAUCCAAAGGACAUGUUUUGUCUAUACUCCAGCUACAGAAGCCUCAACCAGUCAUACCGUCUCAUUUUCAAGAAGUUCAUAAAACUACUACCGCUAGCCUAGAGUGUGCCUACCAGAACACAGCACUGACAUAAUAUUUUGGACUAUGUCUGUCAUGAAGCAACUCUAACCAGGCCAUGCACGACUGACCCUAACCCUGCUACGGUUUGGAAUGCUUUUGUACUUUCGUUUUACCGUUUUGUACGCUUGCCAGUCAUGAGUGGUUGCAGAUAGCUGCAACUAGAAAGAUUAAAUAUUCAGAUUUCAAUGACGACUGGUGCAGAACCACCAGCAUCCCAAACCAUAUGCGUGUCUAACCCCACCCCUCCUUUGUCCACCCAAUGCCACAUCUCGGAAAGUCUAUAAGCACAUGCAAAAUAAAUAUGUCGAAGUUUUUUGCAACACAACUCACAUAUGUGCUGUAAUGUUCCUGACAAUUUUCGAGGCUCGGCUGUUGUAUACUGCAGGUAUGCACCUCUGGAACGUGUUCAGCGAUUCUUCCAUCUCAACGAUGUGGACGUUCAACAGGUCGGCCAGGUGCAUGAAAUCGGGCAAAUCUGCAGGAUAUGGGCACAAUUACUUUCAGUUCAGACCUUAUUAGAACCAAAAUUGAACAGAGAAAAUAUAACGUCCGUGAACGAACAUCCGUAACAUGUCUGUGAAACGUACCUACUUUGUUGUCCCCAUUCUGAUCUAAUACAAACCACAACACUUUAUUUGUGGUCUCACUACGCUUUGGUGGUAUCCUGUUGAUGAGGGCGACAAAACGAUUGUACGUAAUGACAAAGUUGUCUCCUUGACGGACUUUGAGGAGGUCAAAUGCCCUUGAGAGGUUGUCGCGCUUGAUUGCAACCAUGUUCUGAACUUCAAUCUGAAAUUUACGAAGUAACACUGAGCACUGUCGACUACUGGCAGAUUAAUAGAGGAUUUUUCUUCUUUUUUUUUUUUUUACUUUCAGGUUUUCACGGUAGUUGAAGUAGAUGACAGCAAGGAUGAUGUUCAUGAAGAUAUAGAGACAGAUGAGCACGUAGAUGACGAAGAAGAUUGCGAAGAGAGAAUUUGCAUUGAAAUCAAUAACAAGUGCGAGACGCAGUGAAGCCUACCCAGAGCGGAAGUUCCCAGUUGCCGACUGCUGGACGCUCAAAUAAUGUCAGCAAAUGAUGAGUAAGGAUGAAGACAUACAACAUGAACUUCAGCACCCAGUGGUGGUAUACCAUGUACGUUCUGCGAGGAAAUUAACGGGUACAUUAUCAGA